AUGUUUCCCGUCCGUCCCGGCAGUUUCCGGCGCUGGUGGGACGACGGCCUUUCUUCCGGUGGAGGUCACGAAACAGAACCGCAAACGGUAUCCUCCCAGCAAAGAUGAAGUUCAAUCCACUCGUCUCUUCGUCGCGCAGAAAAAAUCGAAAGAGGCACUUUACAGCUCCAUCUCAUAUUCGUAGAAGGCUUAUGUCAGCUCCUCUCUCAAAAGAACUUAGACAAAAAUACAAUGUUCGAACUAUGCCUAUUCGAAAGGAUGACGAAGUACAGGUUGUACGUGGUCACUACAAAGGUCAACAGGUGGGCAAGGUUGUCCAAGUGUAUAGGAAAAAGUUUGUCAUAUACAUAGAAAGAAUUCAACGAGAAAAGGCUAAUAGUGCUAAUGUAUAUGUUGGUAUUGAUCCAUCCAAGACAGUUAUUGUAAAGUUAAAGAUGGAUAAAGAUCGCAAGAAGAUCAUAGAUAGAAGGAGUAAAGGCAGACUUGCAGCAUUGGGCAAGGAUAAGGGAAAAUAUACAGAGGAUUCGACUGCCGCCAUGGAAACUUCGUAAACUUAAGCUAUACUUCGUUUAUAUGUUCGAAAAUAAAAAUAUUAAAAUUGGAA